AAAUGGGGUUGCACCUUCUUUUUAUCCCCUGCCUUUUGCGCUUUCAUUAAGGAAAAAUGAAUAGCGUAUACAUUAUCUACAUUCGGGGGCCAUAUUAAUUUAUGUUAUACAGGGGCAUCGUGCAUUGAGUGACAAUAGAGGAAGCUCUGAAACGGAACAUGAUGCGCACGAGGCUGCUGCAUGAUGCCCCUGAAGUACGAACAAGCAAAGGCUGCAGUGUCCGUCUCCGCCUCCACAUCUCAAGCAUAUAAAUAUCGAGACAGCCUACUCAAUUUGUGUUUGCUGCUGUUUGACAUACACAAUGGCAGGUGAGUGCACUUCUUUUUCAGGAGUAAUUCCUGCAGCAUGCCAUCCUCUGCAGAAGACCACAAAUCUAAUUUAUAAUUUAAUAAGCAGAUGCAAGCUUUCAACAGGAGUUCCUGGAAACUCACAACGCCUACAGAGCACAGCACAACACACCACCUAUGACUCUCAACAAUGAGCUGAAUGCGGCGGCUCAGGAAUGGGCGCAUCGCUUGCUGACUUUGGGUGCUGCACAGCACAGUGACAGCAAUGAUGGAGAGAAUAUUUAUUUCAAGUGGAGCUCAGUACCCAUUAAACUAACAGGGAAAGAAGCAGUGGAUUCAUGGUAUGGUGAAGUUCAGCAAUACAACUGGAGGAACCCAGGAUUUCAAAGCAACACAGGUCAUUUUACUCAGGUUGUAUGGAAAGCAAGCACCCAACUGGGUGUGGGUAUGGCCACUGAUGGCAACAAGGUUUUUGUUGUUGGGCAGUAUCGACCAGCCGGCAACAUCAGCAUGAGCCAAAACUUCAGGGAAAAUGUCCUCCCACGAGCAAUCAGCACCCCCUCGCCUGCGUACCUGUUCCCAAUCAGCACUCAUCACUGCCUGCCAGAUCCAGCAAUUCAGCGCCAGAUCCUCCUUCCGUGUCCCCCGCCUCACUGUCCGCUCCAGCCACGCUGCCAAGCUAUUCCUCCUGCCCGUGCUUCCGCUUCCUUCAACUUCCCUGUUCCAAUGGACCAACAUCGCCCCUCGGAUAGCCUAUCCGCUGAGCAAUACUUAAUAAACCAUUCUCAUCAACUUUCUCCGCCACCGCCUGCUUUUCGGUAACCAGUCGUGACACAU